ACAGUGACGUAGUGAACUGUCAAAAAUUUCUUAUUCUGCGACUUUUCUCUCAAAAAUUUUCCGUAAUUUUUCUGCAAAAUUUUCUGUGAAAAUUCAUGCAAAUAGAUAGCCAAGAGAUACAAAGGAGCCACAGGAAGUGAAUUAAAAUGUGUGAUAACACACUAAUACGCCCUUCGUCCCAGUACGUGAAGCUCAAUGUUGGCGGAUCUCUAUUCCAGACUACUAUUGGCACCCUCACGAAGCAUGACACCAUGUUCAGGGCUAUGUUCAGUGGGCGGAUGGACUUGCACACGGAUGCAGAAGGGUGGAUAAUGAUUGAUCGCAGUGGCACACACUUUGACGUCAUCCUCAAUUUCAUGAGGGACGGCACAGUGACGCUGCCGGAGACAGCAAAGGGAGUGUCUGAAUUGCUGGCUGAAGCCAAGUACUACUGCAUCAGCGAAUUGGCUGAGUCUUGUGAGAGAGCGCUGCCGAAGAAGGAGCGCGAAACUGAACCCAUCUGCAGGGUGCCGCUCAUCACCUCCCAAAAGGAGGAACAAAUGCUGAUAAGCUCAUCAAUUAAACCCGUAGUUAAAUUGCUGAUUAAUCGCCACAACAAUAAGUAUUCCUACACAAACACAUCCGACGACAAUUUGCUGAAGAACAUUGAGUUGUUCGACAAGUUGUCGUUGCGAUUCAGCUGUCGCAUCCUGUUUAUCAAGGACGUUAUUGGCUCAAAUGAAAUCUGUUGCUGGAGUUUCUAUGGGAAUGGCAAGAGGGUGGCUGAGGUGUGUUGUACGUCCAUUGUCUAUGCCACGGACAAGAAACACACGAAAGUUGAGUAUCCAGAGGCGAGAAUCUACGAAGAGACGCUCAAUAUAAUUUUGUAUGAGGAUAAGCAUUUGCCGGAUCAGGAAUUGGUGCAGGCUACAAGUACGACGAGAGGAGUUGUGGCGGCUGGAAGUGCGGGAUUGUCGACGUAUACGAGUGAUGAGGAGGAGGAAAGGACUGGACUGGCGCGAUUGAGAUCGAAUAAACAGAAUAACCCCACUUGAUUUGCGCAUCAGCUCAGUUUCAGACGAGCACUCUUGCCAAAGAAAAAAUGAGAAAUAGCCACAAACAUCAGUGUCAUCUUCAGCCAUCGCCUCGAGGAGAUCAUUCUCGCUAGGCCACAAUCACCAUCAAUUCCUCCAUCUCCCACCAUUUCUAUCCAUUCAGCUCCUGUUGAUCCUCCAGCUCCAGCCACUUCCAACUCCCCCGAAUCCUCAGCACUCGAUGACUUUGUCGCCUUCUGGAUUGACACUUUUCUCUGUUGCUUCAUCCCUAAACUUCAAGACUUUCACUUCUGAGAAAAUGAACACUGAGAAGUCCCCUUUCUAACCCUUACCAUCCCUUUCCACUAACCCCCAUCAAUCCCACAAAAAAGCCCCAUUUUGCAAAACAGAGAGCAACAAAAAAGAACUUGCAAACAUUUUGUAACUAAUAAAAAAAUACAGGAAACCGCGAAAACGAGGGAAUCAAAAAAAAACAAGAUACUAAGAUGAAACCUCAGUUUUAGCUAUAAAAAAAACAGAUUACAUUACACAGAACAAAAUAAUAAUCUUAAAUGUUUAACUGGAUCAAAGAAAUAGAGAAACAGAAAAACAAAUAAUCAAAUGAAUGUUGAAUAAAAAAAAAUUUGUUGAAUAUUUGCCCCACAAAAAGAAAUAUAGAGAGAAAAACAAAAAAAAAGACAACCCAAAAUCCCUCAAUAUUUAUCAGCAAAAAUAUUAAUGUGACACAGAGAGAGAGUAUAUUUAAUGAGCAAAGAAUAAUCCCCCAAAAUGUAAUUGACCGUUGUGACCACAUUAAACAAUAAUCUUAAUAUUCCCUCAAAAUAUAUUUCAAUGAAAAAAAAAUACUAUGUGUAAAAUCCUUCUCUGGAAGACAAAUUAUAAAUGAAUAAAAUGCAGUGAAUGUCAA